CACAGCCCAUGCAGUAACUCCUACCAAUGCUUUUAACUCCACUGCUCCACACAUCAUGUGACGGGGGAGUGGCAGAGAGUCCGGAAAUACACCGCUGCUGCUGCAACUCUCAACAAAGCUCUCCACCAUGGCCUACCAUGCCGGGACUCCAGAGGAUCCCAGUGCUUUGGUCCACAACAUCAGCUCCAACAUCCAGAAGCUGACACUGCUGACCUCUGAGCUGCAGAGGGCAGUUUCUCUGCUGGGAACGGAGCAGGACAGCAGCCAGCUACGACAGACGCUACAACAGAAACAGCAGCAAGGCAAUCAGCUAGCGAAAGAGACUGACAGACUGAUCAAGACAUUCAGUGCGCUUCCUGUUGGCGCUGACCAGCGGCAGAGAAAGAUACAGAAAGAGCGUCUGUUGAAUGACUUCUCCGCCGCCCUGAACAGCUUCCAAAAGAUCCAGCGGCAGGCAGCCGACAAAGAGAGAGAGUUUGUGGCCAGAGUCAGAGCCAGCUCCAGGGUGUCGGGAGGACAGCCUGAUGACAGCUUUGGAAAUGUGUCUCCUUUUCAUAGUGAUUCCCAGGCUCAGGCUCAGGCUGAGGCCAUCACUGAAGAAGACUUGAGGCUGAUCCAGGAGAGAGAGUCGUCCAUCAGGCAGUUGGAGGCUGACAUCACAGAUAUCAAUGACAUCUUCAAGGACCUGGGGAUGAUGGUCCAUGAGCAGGGAGACAUGAUAGACAGCAUAGAAGCCAAUGUCGAGAAUGCAGAUGUGAGUGUCCAGAGCGCCACACAGCAGCUGGCACGUGCUGCGGAAUACCAGCGGAGCUCCCGGAAGAAGAUAUGCAUCCUGAUGAUAGUGUUGGCUGUAGCUGCUACCGUUAUUGGACUCAUCAUCUGGGGCGCUGUCAAAUCAUGAGGGCUUCUUCUUCCUGUCCUCUACCUCUCCUGUUUAGUCAUCUGCCCGGAAAAAGGAAGAAACACCGUCCCUCCUCUCUCCUCCCUUUCUCCCCCCCCCCCCCC